AACUAGUCGCACGUAGGAUUGACCUGCAGAUUUUAAUUGAACCAUUUCACGAUUCCUUUCUUCCCCAAAACUCGAAAACGUGCCUCACUUUCAUCGCCUAAACUACUCACAAAUUCACAAUAAUCCCUCAUUUCAAAAUUCAGAUUAACUAUACUUCUAAUAAUCCAGAAUUUUGUUCAUUUCAUCAAUCUCUCUUCCCUAAUUUUGAUUUCGACGAUUCGAUUGAUCAGUUAGCGUUUGGUUUGGGGCCAUAGGUGGUUCUCUCUCCUAUGGCCUCCGAUUCCACUUCUUCCGACUCCGCCUACGAUUCCGCCGCCGAUAUCCAAAAUCCUAAUCCCUUUCCCGAUACUCCAACCAACGAUUCCGCCAUUGAUGAUCACCUCAGCUCACUCACAUUGACUCCUCUUGUUGAUGAUGACCUAGCUCCUCCAAUCAACGAUCAAGCGUCAUCGCAAUCACAUCCCCAAAUUGAUUUAAGUGAAAUUGAGGAGAGUCAUCGAACUCCAAUACCGGAAAUCGAUGUUGCACAGGUAGAGGAGGAGGUUAGCAUUGAAGUGGUGGUGGAGGAAGAUGAAGAAGAGGAGAGAGAAAGUAAUUCAGUGAGUGCGAGUGGCGGUACCGGCGUGGCGUGGAGAGAAGUGGAAGGGGAAGCUCCUACAAGCCCUGGAAGUAGUGGGUAUGCUGGGGAAAGAGGUAGCAGUAAUGCCAGUAGUGCAUCUGGGAUUGAAGAGAUUGGAGAGAGUGAUGGAGGUUUAGUCAAUGGCAUAGCUGAUUCUCAACCGCCUUGGGUUCCCGGCAAGCGACAUGUUAAUGAGGACGAUGCCUCUGUUUCAUGGAGGAAAAGGAAAAAGCACUUCUUCAUUCUUAGUAAUUCUGGGAAACCUAUAUAUUCCAGGUAUGGUGAUGAACAUAAGCUUGCUGGAUUUUCAGCAACGUUGCAAGCUAUAAUUUCCUUUGUUGAAAAUGGGGGUGAUCGUGUCAAGUUAGUUCGGGCAGGAAAGCAUCAGGUGGUAUUUCUUGUGAAGGGACCUAUAUAUUUGGUCUGUAUUAGCUGUACAGAGGAACCUUAUGAGUCUUUAAGAGGACAGUUGGAGCUGCUUUAUGGUCAGAUGAUCCUUAUUUUGACAAAGUCUGUGAAUAGAUGCUUUGAGAAGAAUUCAAAGUUUGAUAUGACACCAUUGCUUGGUGGAACAGAUGCUGUUUUUUCAUCUCUCAUCCAUUCCUUCAGCUGGAACCCAGCUACUUUUCUACAUGCCUAUACAUGCCUACCUCUUGCUUAUCCAACAAGGCAAGCUGCAGGUGCCAUAUUGCAAGAUGUUGCUGAUUCAGGGGUCUUAUUUGCGAUAUUGAUGUGUAAACACAAGGUUGUUAGUCUUGUUGGGGCGCAAAAGGCUUCUCUUCAUCCAGAUGAUAUGCUACUGUUGUCAAACUUUGUUAUGUCAUCAGAGUCAUUCAGGACAUCUGAGUCUUUCUCACCAAUAUGCUUGCCAAAAUAUAAUCCCAUGGCUUUUUUAUACGCAUAUGUUCAAUAUCUGGAUGCUGAUACAUACUUGAUGUUGCUCACUACUCGCUCUGAUGCUUUUUACCAUCUCAAGGAGUGCAGGGCAAGUAUCGAGGCUGUUUUUCUGAAGUCAAAUGUGCUUAGUGAGGUCCAAAGAUCUAUGCUAGAUGGCGGGAUGCAUAUUGAGGAUUUACCUGUGGAUCCAUCUUCUCGAUCUGGUUCUGCAUCUUCCCAUUUAGGCCAACAUUCUCCAGAGAGAUUCAGGGAUACAUACACUGGUAUUGGUGGUCCUUGUGGACUCUGGCAUUUUAUAUACUGCAGCAUAUACUUGGAUCAGUAUGUAUCUUCAGAGUUCUCAUCCCCAAUCAAUACACCACAGCAGCAGAAAAGAUUAUUUAGAGCGUACCAGAAGAUCUAUGCUUCCAUGCAUGAUAAAGGAUUUGGUCCCCACAAGACCCAGUUUCGGCGAGAUGAAAAUUAUGUCCUACUUUGCUGGGUGACUCAAGAUUUUGAGCUAUAUGCUGCAUUUGACCCCCUUGCUGACAAGGCUUUGGCAAUCAAGACUUGCAAUCGUGUUUGUCAGUGGGUAAAAGAUGUAGAGAAUGAGAUCUUCUUGCUGGGUGCUAGCCCUUUCUCUUGGUGAAAUUUGCCUUGGCAUUUUUUUUUUUUUUUUUUUAAUCUUUGGGUAACAUAUCCUCUUCCAUAUUCUCCCCAUCUUGUGGCAGAUUUCUUUAGUAUAUAAAUCCCAUAGGAUAUUGUUUCUUUGUUUUCUUUUUAAUUUUGUCUCAGCUGUUGUAUCUAUUGGAUGUAGUAUUCCUUUUUUGAGCUUAUAGUGCGAAGCCAGCGUAGUUCAUUAGUAGGGGAGCUAAUUGAGUUGAGCAGCUCGUGAGCAAUUCGGACUUGACUCGGUCAAAGCUCUGUCAAAACUCGGCUCGAGUUGGCUCGACUCGAAAUGUUAACGAGCACGAGUUGAGCAAUUUUUAACUCGAUAAGCUCGUGAGCAACUCGAUAAUAUAUUUUAUUAGUAUAGAAUUUACAAAUAAAGUUAUUACUAUAAACAAAUUUGACACUUAAUAAGAGUUAAUUUAUAUUAUCAAAAAAGAAAGAGUAAAUCUUUAAUAAUAAAUAAAAUAAAUAAAAGAAAACUAUAUAAUUUGAAAAAAAACAAUAAAGGCCUAUAGUUUUAGAAGGACCAAAACUUUAACAAGCAUAUCGUGAGUUACUCGACUCGAAACUUUAAACGAGCACGAGUCGAGCAGGUUUUAUUGGCUCGAAACUUUAAUGAGUAUGAGUUCAGCACAUGAAAAAAGUUUUCGAGUUGAGCACCCCUUAGCUCGUGAUUGACUCGCUUGAUUAGCACCCCUAUUCAUUUGUUAGCAAAUGAUGUAUACUUGUAAUUCCAAUUUGUAGCUUUCUAGAUAUGAGAUCAAUGAUGUAAUGAGGUAGCUCUUCUUACAUAAAGCGGAUUUUGUUUUGUUUA